CGAUUACGAACUUCAAUCACCCAUAAAGGCCGACUAGCGUCUCUCCUAGAACUAUCGUCUGCUUCAUUGCUCCCUCCCACUUCUUUACCGCCCUUCUAUGUUCAUGGACGAACGCCGCCUACCACUGCGACUGGUUGACCGUUACCUUUCGACCCAUACGCCUGCUUCUUGGGCUCCAUUCGUCUCUCAUGAAGAUGUAGCGCGUCAACGAGACCGUAGGGAUUUUGCGUACCAAUUGCUCGUUCCGCGCCUUAAUCAGAUUCCGAUGGAAAUGAACGGGGACAAUGUGCGGUGGCUUUUUGACGACUUGGAGCGGAUAUUUAUCACUGCCCCCUACAUUGCUAUCGAGUCGACUGCUGACGCCGCCGCCGUCUAUUUCUUCUUUUCAAAAUUGCGCCAUCCCUCGCUCAAUCCUACGUCGGAUUAUAUCAAAAGAACAUAUAGGGUGUUGAUAUUAUCGCACUUGGAGGACAUAGACUCGUCGGAUCUGGAGCAUAUGGUCUUCCCACCCGAACCUCUCCCUUUCUCAGAAAUCCAGAUCAUCGAUGUAGUUCUCUCUGAUGCUAUCAGUAGACCUGGCAGAAACGACCCGUCUACUCUGACAGACGAAGAUUUUAGGCGUCAUAACGGCUAUCCUUGCGAUUCCAGAUCGUUGCACAUACGGCACAUCGGAGAGUUGAACUUGUACGAAUGGAGGCACAUCCUUGGACGGUUCCCUCGUACCUCGAUUCAUGAUAGCUGUAUCUAUCAUUCAAAAGCCCUCGUCGACCAGUUCACUUGGGUAGAUAACAUACGCAGCAUCAGCCUUUCCGAAUGCGCCGUCGGACAAGAGGUUUUUCAGGCUCUGUUCAAUCGCUGCGUGAAUCUGGAGGAACUAUUACUGGACAUGGUAUCAGUAUCUCAAAGUCUGGAAGAAGAUGCACCCAUCCUGGAGGUAUUAUAUCCCAACGAAAGCAAGCUACUCGUCUUCAGUGCGGUUUAUAUGAAUGAAAUCGAUAUGCAGAUUGUGCUAGAAUGCCUCGCCAAUACGAGUGUGUCGAACCUCACACCGUUUAAAGUUGACAGCUUGCGCAUCGAGUUGCUUGGAGAAAAUCCGCAGAUUGGGAUCCAGAACGUGGUAUGCAAGUAUGUCGCCAAUAACGAACGUAUGAGGACUUUGACGGUAGGGAUCAAAGAACUGAAAAUAUUACUUGUCGCCGACAAGACUGGCAUCGAGAGCUUGUGUCUGAUGAAUCUCAUGGUCGAAAUCUGGUCGACGAGAGACGAUGAUGCACCUUUCAGUGUGCAGUUGAUGCAUGUGGUAGAAUUCCUCGACGAUGAUGGAUGGAUGCCCUUUUUACCUCAUCUGAAAGUCGUGAGGAUCGGGAUUCGAGGAGAAGACCCUCUCGCUUCUGUGGACAGCUUGUCGCGAUUGUCUUGGGAAUCCCUUGACCUACUUCUGGGAGAGAGGAGGAACCCGAUCUGGAUGGGCGUUGAUUUGUGUGGGGGGGAGUGUGUGGAUCCUGAUUCUUUGGCUGAGGAAAUUAGAUGCUGCAUUGGGGAGCGAGCACAUGUUCGUAUUGGCGAUGGGGAGUAUUCUUGA